AUGGCAGACGAUUCACCUAAACCCUUGGGCAUUGAUGUCCCUCGUUCCUCAAUGGAAGCACCCCCGGGUAUCGCCGCGCUGUUCGUUAUCAGCUUCGACAUCAGGACCGGAUAUAUAGUCUCAUGGAAGCGCAAUGCACCGGGAGUUGACGUUGAAGGCGUCGUGGAAUACAAAUCGCUGCCCUCGGGUUUGCACAAUGUGACCGAAGACUUGAUUUACUUCGUCCACGAACAAUAUGCCGGUAUCAGCGCGUUCCUCAACCAUCCCGCCGCGGAAUCCGAGCGCAAUGCGAAGAUGUUCGCGAUCGGAGUGCUCGUUCCUCUCAGUACUGGCAGACUCGGCAAGAGCUGGCGCCAUGCUCCCAGAUUGAAGGAGUUGACACAGAAGUACGCCGAGAACAUGUCGGACAUGCAGUCUCUAUCGGAAUACUGGGACGCAUACCGGAUAGGAGGAACCGACACCUCGUCACCCGAUUCUCCAAUCGACUCACCAUUGAGUCUUCGAUUCCGACCUGGCGAGCGACCAGAUCAGAGUCGUAAUCGUGCCUUCAGCGAUGCACUGGUUUUAGACACGUUCAGGCCGGCCCUGACGCCUUUCCACCCCGCCUCAUCUCUUCCUGAAUUUAUGGACUCCUUUGGACCCUUGAUAUUUCCAUUGUACAGGGCAGCUCUGCUGCGCAAGCGCAUCCUCUUCAUGGGCGAGGCUCCCGUGCACGGAGCUUGCAACUACGUAUAUGACCUCUCUCUCCUCGCAUCACUACCAAACUCCCUCCUCCACCUUCUCCCCACAGACCGGACACCACCCCUUCGCCCACGCCCGCUCUUCAACGUCGGUAUCCACGACAUCCCCUACCUAUCAACCUUCGACCCCUCCCGCAGCAUCCAAGACCUAGAAGCAGACCCAAGCUGGAUCGCCUGCUCAACAGACACAGUCCUGACAAUGAAACCGGACCUCUUCGACAUCCUCAUCACCCUCCCACCAACCCACACCCAACAAACAGCAGGGCACACAUUCCCCAAGCUCUCCCUCGUCAACCACAGCACCACCCCUCAACAACAAAUAAACCUGAAAGCAACGCAGCGCGACGCCCGCCGCUACACAAUGCUCCGCCGCGGCCUCCGCCAAUUCACAGACACAGACGAGGACACAGCCUCAACAUACUCCUCCAGCCCGGUCGUCGAACCCCUCUCCUGGACCCGUCUCGCCUACACAUCAUUCAUCUGGUGGGCGUCAGCCGGCGAAAAUCGCGACGGCCUCUCGGAAGAGGAAGAAGAAGCCCAAAUAGAGCAAGACUCGCGCCUGCUGGCCAGCGUUGAGAGUCUCUCGCACCCGGGCCGAAACGACCAGCCUCCCGAGAUCGCUAUCGUGGCAUACUUCCGCCGGCUGACGUCUCAGAUCUUCGGGACGUUGGCUGGGGUCAUUGCGCGCAGCGAUGAAGGCGACGAGAGCGGUUGUCAUGAGCCGUACGUUGAUGAUGACGAUGCGUCAGUUUCCAUGUCGCGGUCUAUCGGUGAUGAGUCGCCUUUGCUGAGGCAGCGGUCUGGGGCGAGUUCGCAAGGAGGUUCAAUGCGCGAGAAUGCGUGUGAGGCUGUGACGAUUUCCGUGGCGGAUAUGGCGGAGAUGGGGCUUGAUGUUUGGAGUGCUACUGAUCGGGUAUUUGUGGAGGAGUUGGUCGCGCUGUGGUGGGGGAGGGAGGCGAGGGUUGAUUGUGCUAGGAUUAGGUGUUGUGGGAUUUCGGUUUUGUAG